AAUAAACAUUCAAGGAGGAGAAUCAAGAGAUCAUACAGAGAUCCAGAGGAAGACGAGGAAGACGAGGAGGAGGCGAUCUCGACCGGCAGGAUCCCACUCGCUCGCUCUCUCGCUCUUGCUCUCGCCGAUCUAGUUGUGUGCGGAGAGGACCUAUCACAGCCUCGAAAGUAACGCGAAUAUGGCCAUGGAAGCGAAUCUACCAGCAACUCCGGCGGUGUCGUUUUCGUUGGUGUUUUCUCAGUACGAGUUAUCGCGCCGGAUCUUCAUGUACCUGCCCAUCCAGGAUUUGCGGCGAUGCGCCCAAGUCUCCCGGGAUAUGAACCAAGUGGCCAUGAUCACCUUAUCCGAUCCUGUCCGCCAUAGGAGCCCACUGGUUUUGAGUUGGCGAGGACCCAUUGUGUCCCCAUCUACCUUGCUCAAGGCUCCGCUCUUCCAGAGCCCGGAUCAUCAAGACAUGUACAACGAGGUGCGAACCUGGACCCAGACCAUUCACACCGAGCCUAAGGUCUGCAUCGCGUUCCAUUCCGGGGAUUUCUUUCAGAUCCAGGAUGACGAUGUCACCACCAGUGCCAAUGUCACCUUUGACAAGGCGUUCAAGAGUCAGUUCUUCGUGGAUUUUGAUCGGGUGGAUAAGUUAUUGCCCGCCCAUUGCCGGUCCGUGUCCAUGAUGGCCCCGGGGAUUGUGUUGAUGGAUCCUUUCUCUCGUAAGCCUUUGGAGAUUGAAAAUGUGGACAAGCAGACACCGGCCUUGUCCAUGGUGGCCUUUCCGGAUCUGUCCAAGUGUCAAAUCGUCCCCUUCAACGUCUCCGAAGACUUUCAAGCCAUCAAGGAAGAGCUAUGCGGGCCUACCGUCCGAGUCACGCCCUCGGAAAUUGCCGAAAUGUCCCUGAAAAAGAUCACCCAAGGCCAGAUCGACGAUCUGUCCACCAUAAAAGGCUUGAUUUUACUGUCCGAUGGGCACGCCAUACCGCACAGUAUUGAGCUCAUUCGUGAGAUCGCUAAACAGACCCAAGGGCGAUUUGCUUUGGGCGGGGGACUAGGUCAUUUAGCCCGUUGUUCGUCGGAAGAGGCUACACAAGAUCUGGCCGCAUUAUUCCAAUCCCGCCGUUGGGAUUUUGUCAGUCCCGGCAAAAUUACCCAACGCACCUCGGGCUUACUCUUUGCGGGACCGAAUGUGAAUGUGGCCUCGAAAAUUCUCAACCAAUCCAUGCGAACGGAGAAGAAAGUUCGCACCGCUUUGUCCGAGUUCAAAGCCUCGGGACUGAACCUGGCGAAUGCCGUGGGAUUUAUGUUUGCUUGCACGGGGCGUGGCAGGGGAUUUCACCGAGGGAAGAAGAACAUGGAAUCUGGCAUUUUUAAUGAACUUUAUCCCAGUGUUCCCUUGAUCGGCAUCUUUGGGAAUGGCGAGAUUGGCAUAGAUUUUUGUUCCUCAACUCACGUGGAGCCAACAGUUCCGAUUAGUCAAAGCAAAUGUGUCCUUUCUUAUACAUCUGUGUUUUUAGUGGUAUCUUUUGAUAAUUAGAUUUGAAGUCAUCAUUGGAAAUGAAUUGCUGAUAACAGAUUAGUACAUAUGUCUGUACGUACUUUCAUGUUGGAUUUUUCCCAUAAAAUUCAUCCGUUUCGUAUUUUGUUACAUUUUCAGA